AUGCCGGGGCGGAGGGUGUUCUUUGACGUCGGGUCGGGCGCCCGCGGGCGCUUCAUGCGCAUUACUGAGGUCCAGCGCCAAGACAGGACCAGCAUGGUGAUCCCCGCUUUCGCGGUGCCCAUGUUCCAGGAGGCGGUCGGGACCUGCGCCACGCUGCUGGAGCAGCAAGACCAGCACCAGUACCAACAGCAGCACCCGCAGCAGCAGCAGCAGCAGCAGCAGCAGCAGCAGCAGCAGCAGCAGCCGGCGCCGCCGCCCCCGCCGCAGCCGCCGCAGGCCCAGCCGCCAGAAUAG